UGCACUGUGAACAUGUCAACACAAUCCUCAAGGUUUUCCCCCAACAUAACCCUCCAAUUUCACAGGUAGACUAGACUCGGGGAAGGCAGUGCGGCCUCUCCCACUGUAGCGGUCUGUCUUUGCCGUAUCUCUGUGCUUUUUCGAUAGAGUGGACAAGGCGCGCACUUUGCACGCGGAUUUCAGUGCCCUAUGAUGCAAGUCGUUUUGCCUUUUGGGAUUCACAUCGGGCGUUGCUCUCCAUGAUGGCUGCGCAUACAUGCGGUAUCCACAGUCGCCGACGUUCUGCACAUAUAAGGCGGUCCUUUCGAGCUUGCCGCAAAACACCUCUUACACCUCUUCGUACUUCUCUCCGCAUCCCUCCGACGAUGCCUUCGAUUUCGGCUUUGCUCUCUUUGCUUUUAGCAGCUGCCUGUGUCGGUGCAGCUCCGGCUGAAUCAUCCAUAUCUACGACCAUACUUUCUAGCAGUGCUAUAUCCAGUCCAUCUUCCGAUCCAUCUUCCGAGGCUCCCAUCUUCACAAUCCAGACCUCGCUACCAGCUACUGUGACUCCGUCCUCGGCACCAGCCACUGUCUCUCCGCCCUCAAUUCCGAGCUGUCCAGCGGAAUCUAGCAGUAGUACCGUCACUGUGACAAUUACUGGUUUUGUAUCAUCAACCCCAUCAUCCGUUGUUGCCAGCACGACUUCCAGCAGCUUUUCUACGUCUCUCUCCACCACUUCCUCUCUGAGCAGCGAGUUUUCAAGUAGUUCUCUUGUCGCAAGACAGGACGUCUCUGAGACUUCGUCUCCCAGUAGCGCUCCAUCGGAAGCAACCACUGACAGUCCCAUUCUUUCGACAACCCCUACACCAGAGUCAACACUCAGUGUUUCUGACAUCCCCACCACUAUCGUUUCCAUAACACCAAGCCCCGUUCCUUCACCUUCUUCCGUUGAUCUUUGCGUCACGACAAUCACGGUUACGGCCACACUCUCAGGCUCUCCCAGUGUUUCCAUCACGCCGUCUCCUCAAUCCUCUGGUUCAAGCACGAAUAACAAUGGUGGGUCGGGCGGGAACAAUACCACCACUGGUAAUAACGGUGGCGAUACUGGAAACACUAGUUCCGGAAGCACUACCAUUGAGGGCAUGUGGGCUAGGUGUGGAGUGGCAUUGGGGGCAUUUGCUGGGGGACUCAUGUUAUUUGCAUGAGCGGUUUCGAGAAGGCAUCCAUUGUCAGGUUCAACCGACGUUCAUUCUAGUCAUCGGAAUUCUCACGUAGAAUAGUAUGGACGUUAGAUAGUUGUAACCAUUAUUUGAGCUUACAUUCCUCGUUGCACGGACUUUUUUUUAGCGCCCAAGAAGGCACAUUUUGACCAAAUUCUUCAAAGCUUUGAAUCUUUAUCUUUUCACUCAAGCUCAUUCGAAUCGCUUAUAUGUAUGUUAGCUACAGGUAAUGAACGAUUAUCCUAAUACACUAAAGUUAUCGUUAUUC